UUUCCGUAGUCACUGAAAAACAUGGCGUCGCACACAAGCAGGGGGCUCCUGUCUCUAGGUCGAAUAAGUGCUUCUGCACUCGGACUACAGAGGCCAUUGAGUAGAGUCACCUACGCGACGAAUGUGUCUACAAAUUAUUCUGCGGGAAAAACCGGCCUUCCUGAUCGAGGCGCUGGUAAAUUCGCCAGAAGACCCAGGAGAGCUCCGGGCGAGCCCAGGACCGAAAAGAUGCCUGUGGACCAGGACUGGACUGCAGUGUAUCCAGCAGCAGCCCCCUUCAGGCCCGGCUCCGUCCCCCUGCCUGUGAGGAUGGGCUACCCUGUGAAGAGAGGCGUUCCUCCAGAGAAGAAGGGCAACCUGGAGCUGAUCAAGAUACCAAAUUUUCUGCAUUUGACACCAGCGGCCAUCAAGAAGCACUGUGAAGCUCUGAAACCGUUCUGCACAGAGUGGCCGUCCGCCUUGGACACGGACGCCAGGUGUGACGCGCACUUCCCCAUCAAAGCGGAGAGCACGGACUACGUGUCCGCCGGCCCGUCCGUCCGGAACCCCGCGGCUCGCACCGUGCACCUCAAAGUGAAGUUGUCCAGUUUGAAUCUGGAUGACCAUGCGUUCAAGAAAAUGCUCAAACUUGUGGGGGAGAGAUACUGCAGAGAUACCGACACGCUCACCAUCACGGCCGACAGGUGCCCAUUGAGACAGCAGAAUCACGACCACGCCAUGUACCUGCUCACGGUCCUUUACCACGAGUCUUGGUUCAAGACGACCCUGCUGGCAGUCCGUGACGUUGACACGUGUGUUGCGUUGUACUCGAUCUUCAGAAAACGGAGCCGUGGGAGGCCGAGAAGAGCGUGGCGGACAUGGAGGAGUACAGCUGGGAGGACAGUCCGUCCCAAAGGAACCUCUUGGACACGCUGGUACGCGUGGAAGCGGCCGGGGAGGGAGGAGGAGGCGGCGAGGAGGUGCGAGAGCAGCUGCUGGGCAGAAGGGAGGUGCAGGAGUACAAGGACAGUGUCACCAGGUUGAAGAACGAAGGGGAGAGCGAGAGCACCGUGAUGCUGUACAAAGAGGCCGUCAAGAAGGUGCUCAACCUGUGAUACAUAUGUAUUUACACACAGAUGGAAACCAAGAGCAGCGGGGUUCACAAAAACGUUACUAUAUAAUACUUGCGUCUUAUUUUGGUCUCCAUCUUCACACCAGUUUCAGAUCACUUGACGUAUUGUUCCAUUAGCCCAACGAUGUAUGAUACUGUCUUGAAUACAAAAUAAAAUGUAUGCUGUUGAAGUGUAAAA